ACGUCUGCGUUGCUUUUUGUUCUCUUUCGUUUUGCUGGGAUAAAAAGAGGGACGGUAAGCGUGCAGAUGUGAGGGAGGAGAAGAUAACGGAACGGGGUAUCAGUGGGAAAUACGCACGUAAGGGUGAGAAAGAAAGAGGGAGGGAGAGACGAGCGAGGGAGAGAGAGACAGAGCGCGGAUAUUUUGCCAGGCACCCCUGGUGUGAGGCUUGUGCCUGCAUACUUGUCAGCUCCACGCGCACGAGCAGGAUGAGCUCUUGCAGCAGCAGGGCUCUGACUCUGCUCUCCACAGUGUUUGGGGCGUGCGGACUGCUGUUGGUGGGGGUUGCCGUGGCGACAGAUUAUUGGCUGCUGAUGGAGGAGGGAAUCGUACUGCAGCAGAACCAGACUGUUGAUGUCAAGAUGGCAUUACAUUCAGGCCUCUGGAGAGUAUGCUUCAUAGCAGGUACAGAGAAAGGUAGAUGCGUGGCCUCUGAGUAUUUCACCGAGCCAGAGAUUGAAAUCACCACAGAAAACACUGCAAAUAUCCUCAAGAUGGUGCGGACAGCUACGCCCUUCCCUAUGGUGUCCCUGCUCUUCGUUUUCAUGGCCUUCAUCAUCAGUAACGUGGGCCACAUCCGUCCGCAGCGCACCAUCCUGGCCUUCGUUUCUGGAAUCUUCUUCAUCCUCUCAGGGUUGAGUCUGGUGGUGGGGUUGGUGCUGUAUAUCUCUAGUAUCAAUGAUGAAGUAAUGAACAGGCCGCGGGAGCCAGAGCAGUUCUUCAACUACCGCUACGGCUGGUCCUUUGCUUUUGCUGCCAGCUCCUUCCUGCUCAAAGAGGGUGCUGGUGUGAUGUCAGUGUAUCUCUUUAUGAAGCGUUAUGCUGAAGAGGAGAUGUAUAGGCCUCACCCGGCUCUGUAUCGCCCCCGCCUUUCUGAGGGCAGCGACUACAGUGGCCAGUACCUGCACCCAGAGACCUGGCCUCCCCCCCAGCGUGCUCGGAGCGCCUCCGAGAUCUCCAGCGAUAUCUCCAUCCAGCUCACGCAGAACCCCCACCCCCCACCGAAGAUCAGCGGCCAGCAGAGAACAUCAUCUCCAGGAAUCACCGCUGCUUCCAGCCCCAACUCUGGAGCUGGAUACCAGCUGCAAUCACCAGGUUCUGCAGCUCCAUUCCCCCACAACCAUCCCCUCCACCCUGGGGCACACGGGGCAGCUGCAGCAUCCCAGACCCUGCCUCUGUCUGCGGCUCCCACUGCAGUGCCACCCCCACACUAUCACACACAUAUGCGCAUGAGCGCCUCACCAUGCUAAACGCAGACAGAAGAGAAAGUUUGUAGAGUGUUUGUUUUUACUGAGAUAAUGCAUAAACAAUGAGAAACAGAAAUAUGAUUUAAGGUAAGAUGUAGUUUUUUUAUACGAGAAAAGGAAGUUACUGUUUGUAACAAAAGGCCUCUUUUUAAGACUGAAUGUUGUGAAAUUGUAGCAUAUUAAACUGCAAUGGAUCGAAUGAGGGUUCAUGCAGAACACUUGACAAUCACACACAACAGAACUGACAAUUCAUGCAUUUAGAAAAUACAUAUAAGAGCACAUAUGAGAACUAUUGCCUUCUUUUGGUGGUAGAAAAAAAAAAAAUAUAUAUAUAUAUAUAUUACUGAAAUUAAGUUAUUUCUCAUCAUGGAAUCUGUGAAUUGUUAGUUUUAGUGUUAAAUUUAUCAUUAAAUGCUAAAGUGGGAAUUACUUGUUACUGAACAAAUUUUAAAUGAACGUUUUGUUUUCCAGCAGUUGAGAAAUAUUUAAUAUUUCUUGUAUAAAUACUGUGUACUGUUGUGUUUUGGCUGUGAGUUGGUUCACUGCCUUUCUGCAGAAUGUUGACAAAUUAAGUGGGGGGAAAAAAACGAAAUUAAAAUAAUUUAAAUGUU